GACUGCCACUACGGCUCCUCCUCCCGCCUCAGGUUUGUCAUCGUGUCGCUGGCACAGCCCGAAGGAGGAGGAGGAAGAAGAGGAAGAAGAGGAGGAAGAGGAGGAGGGAUGAGGAAGCCGCCGCUGUUGCAUCCGUGACGGGGGCCUAGAGAGCCCACGCUCGGGACUGCCCCUUUCCCACCGCCGGCGCACAGGCGCUGCUCGCCUGGGGGAAGGGCCAGAAGGAGGAGGACGGCGGCGGCGCUGUGUGUGUGUGAGAGCGUAGAGAUGAGCUCAGCUCUGUGCCCUGGAGCCGCCUGAGGAGACCCGGCUCCUUCCCUCCCUCCCUCCUUGCCCGCCGCCAUGACUCACUCCCCCGUGCAGACGGGGCUGCCGGGGAUGCAGACUCUGAAGGCAGAUCCAGAAGAACUGUUUACAAAACUGGAGAAAAUUGGUAAGGGCUCUUUUGGUGAAGUUUUUAAAGGAAUUGACAAUCGGACUCAGAAAGUUGUUGCUAUAAAAAUUAUUGACCUAGAAGAAGCAGAAGAUGAAAUAGAAGACAUCCAACAAGAAAUCACAGUGCUGAGUCAAUGUGACAGUCCAUAUGUAACUAAAUAUUACGGAUCCUAUUUAAAGGAUACAAAAUUAUGGAUAAUAAUGGAAUAUCUGGGUGGAGGCUCUGCCCUUGAUCUAUUAGAACCUGGCUCACUUGAUGAAACCCAGAUUGCUACAAUAUUGAGGGAGAUCCUCAAAGGACUUGAUUACUUGCAUUCAGAAAAGAAAAUCCACAGAGAUAUUAAAGCUGCUAAUGUAUUGCUGUCUGAACAAGGAGAAGUAAAACUAGCAGAUUUUGGAGUAGCAGGACAACUAACAGAUACACAGAUAAAGAGGAACACCUUUGUGGGAACACCAUUUUGGAUGGCACCUGAAGUAAUAAAGCAAUCGGCAUAUGAUUCAAAGGCAGAUAUUUGGUCAUUAGGCAUAACAGCCAUAGAACUUGCAAAAGGAGAGCCACCUCAUUCAGAAUUACAUCCAAUGAAGGUUUUGUUCCUCAUUCCUAAGAACAAUCCACCAACACUGGAAGGAAACUUCAGUAAAUCCCUCAAAGAAUUUGUUGAAGCCUGCUUAAACAAGGACCCAUGCUUUAGACCUACUGCAAAAGAGCUCUUAAAACACAAAUUCAUUUUACGAAACUCAAAGAAAACUUCUUAUCUGACUGACCUCAUUGAUAGGCACAAGAGAUGGAAGUCUGAACAAAGUCACGAUGACUCCAGUUCUGAUGACUCGGAUACUGAAGCAGAUGGUCAGGCUUCAGGUGGGAGUGAUUCAGAGGAGUGGAUCUUUACAAUAAGAGAAAAAGACCCCAAGAAUCUAGAGAAUGGAGCAGCCCAGCCUUUGGAGUUGCAAAGAAACAAGGAAAAGGAUAUCCCAAAGAGGCCCCUAUCCCAAUGUCUGUCUACGGUUAUAUCCCCUUUAUUUGCAGAGUUGCGCUUUGUAGUUGAUGGCCAGUUUACUGAAGGAUGA